AUGAAAGAGAUCGACUGUGGUGUGUAUACCUGCUCGUUUGCAAAGCAGUAUUUGUCAGACUGCAAUUCUCCCGUGGCAUAUGAAGGCGGUGAUUUUCGAAAUGAAAUGGUGGGUGAUUUAUUCGAACUAGCAGCCUCUAACAAAUGUUGUGGUGAUUUCAGGUGGUUGUCAGGUGACGCUGUUGGUAAACAUAAAAAUGCAGAAGAAAUGUCAUAGAAAGAGAAACUUGACGUGGAGGUGCAAAGUGCUGGACUUCAAUACCGCAACCACCUACUCCUUAAGAUGGCAACUGCAUGUUCCAUGCAAUUAG